CGAUACCUGAACAAACAACAUUAUCACCAAUAUCAGGAACGCGGACGACAACCAUCGCUGAAAGACAGACAGAGCGAACUAUUUUCCCGCGAAAAGGACAAGGAGAGGGAAGGAGAGAGAAAGGGAGACAAUGGGGAAAGCCGCAAAGGCGCCGGCGCAGCGCGCAGACGCCGGGCGUCCCGACGUCUCUGCACCCCUCGAAAACCCCACCCCGUCCGCGCCCGGCGAGAUCGCAGCAUGAGGGGAUCGCACCAACCCCGCUACCCUGCCGUGGUGACGUCCGCCCCUGGCCCCGGGUGGCCGUUCUCUCCAGGAUCGUAAUAUUAUGCCGACGGGGAGCAGCUUCCAUCGCGAGUCCGCGUCCUUCGAACUUCCUUCUCCGGCCGACGACGGCUCUUUCGCGAGUUUCCCGCUCGCGGACGUUUCCGGCGCGACCAGUUUUCCGCCCGCGACUUUUCGCGCGUGAUUUCCGCCUGGAAAUUCUCUCCCAGUCUCUCGCGUUCGCGAAUCCGCGUCCUUCUGGCUCAAAAGUUUCUUAUCCCGUCAUUCGUGAAUCCUUCGACUCACCAACUCUGGAUUUAUCUGCGGAUGAAUCUGUUGAUUGUAAAGGAAGUGUAAGAGGGUGCUCCAAUUUGUGAUAGGGUAAACUCGAAACGGUGAUUAGUGUUAUGCUCAUGUUUCGCAUCUUAAGAUUCGAAGAAAGGAAGAAUCGGUGUGUCUCGAAGGGAUCAAAGGACCUAACGAGGAUGCGGUGCUUUAGAAGAAGAAAAUGAACUGAGCAUGAUUGAUGACCGCAACAACUGCCUGGUCAGUCUGAGGCAGCCGAGACCGUCGGAAUAUCCGGCGUUGGAACCGCGCCGCGUGUUCUGGAAAAGCCGGCGAGUCCAAGGUGACCGCGAUUUAGAUGGAAAUAGCCAAGCGGGAAUAAAUUUGACCGCGAGAGCUUCGUCGUCGACAAGCGAGAAACGAGAGACGAUCAGCAGCGAAAUUCGCCGUCGCGUCUCCGGCGAUUUAACCGAUUUCAGAAUGCAGCGGUAUGCGUCGUAGCGGGUCGCGUCCAGGGAAAUGCUGAAGGAAGUCGGCUGCGGGAGCGCUACACCUCCGCCGGGGGACGGCGGGGGAGCAAACAGUCGGCAGAUCGACGCGAACGAAGGCGGCGGUGGCGGCGGCGGUGGUGGCGGCGGCGGGAGCGGCGGGGGCGGCUCCUCGGAGGGUGUCCUCGGUUGCGGAGGCUGCGGAAGGGAGAUCGCCGAACGCUGGUAUCUAAGGGCGGCCGAUCGCGCAUGGCACUGCGGCUGCCUGCGCUGCUGUCACUGUCGGGUCCCCCUGGCCGCCGAGCUCACCUGCUUCGCCAGGGACGGCAACAUCUACUGCAAGGAAGAUUACUAUAGAUUAUUCGCGGUGUCGCGAUGCUCGCGAUGUCGGGCCGGCAUCUCCGCUUCGGAGCUCGUGAUGCGGGCGCGCGAUCUGGUGUAUCAUGUGGCGUGUUUUACUUGCGCCUCGUGCGGCACCCCACUGAACAAAGGCGACCAUUUCGGUCAGCGGGACGGACUCGUGUAUUGUAGACCACACUACGAGCUGCUGUGCUGCGCCGGGGAUUACGGGGGUGCUGCCGGCGGCAUCGAGGACCUCGGCUCGCCGGGGGUGUCGCCGCUUCCGGCGUACUACGAGCAGAGCCCGAUAGCCACUUCCGGGACCGUGCAGAAGGGCCGGCCGCGGAAGCGGAAGCUGUCGGAGGUCGCCGGUUCCGAGCUCCCCGUCACAAUGAGACUGGCCGCUGGCGCGCUCGAACUGCUGCAUCCCACGGAACUAUCCUCGUCGAUGGAAUCGCUGACCGCUUACGACGCAUCCGUGGGUUCUCCUGGACCGGUGCACCAGAGCCAGCGUACGAAGCGUAUGCGCACCAGUUUCAAGCAUCAUCAAUUGCGAACCAUGAAGAAUUAUUUCGCGAUAAAUCAAAACCCGGAUGCUAAGGAUCUCAAGCAGCUCGCGCAGAAGACCGGCCUGUCCAAGAGAGUCCUCCAGGUGUGGUUUCAAAACGCACGAGCGAAAUGGCGACGGAAUCUGAUGCGACAGGAUGGCAGCAACGCCGGCAGCAACGUCGGCUGUUCCGGGACGCCGGUGUCAUCCAGCACCGGCAAUUCUCCCAACGUCGGCCCGGCCGCCAGCAUCCUCGGCGACAGUAACAGCAUGCCCUCGACUUCCAUGGAGGAGCUGCACGCCCUUCAUCAUCUGCACUCGGGCGUCUCCUCUCAGGUCUCCUUCUCCGACCUGUACUGACGACAGCUUGAAAUGGACGAGGACACUUACAGCAGUCUCUCCAGCCAUCUCGGAUGAGGGAUUAUCGCGCUUCCUCGAAAAUCGACCGAAGAGCGAAUGACACGUGCAUCCAUCAUAGUUUUCUUUUUUUUUUUUUAAGAUCUCGCCGAUGAACGGUGGCUGACUGUUGAUGACGUAUUGUGACAGCGAUCUGAAUAGUUUAACGUGUUCCUUACUGUUUUUGAAAACAGUUGUCUGAAAUUUCGCGAAGGCCGAUGUUUUGUGUGAAAUAAACUUUGCGUGAAAUCGAUUAAACAUUCGGCUUUUUCUCCGAGAUUUACAGAGGGACAUGUCACUGGACUUGAUGAAGAAAAAGUGACUCGCUGGAGGACUUUUCCAAACAGCCUAAUCUGGUAGAGACGAUUAUGUUUAAGUAAUCAGUGAUAAUAAUCAUAGUUCCACGCACAUCCGAAUUACCAAAGAUUACUAGACGAAGAUAGUAAGAGCGUAAUCUAGGUACGUAUGCAAAAAGAGAGUGUAUCGUUAGCGAUUAAUCGAUAAUUAUUGACGAAGCCUCGACAUGCGGGGGGUGUUCCAGAAAGAUGUGUACUAUUGACAACAUAUUUCAGCAUUUCUAAACAUCUCACAUUACCAAUCUCACGUACUCCAAGAGAAAUUGAAAAUUUUUAGAGAACAAGAAAAAUAAAAAGAUCCCUUACGAAGAUCCGAAUAUUUUUAAAAUACUUGCAAAUAUAUUUCUAGCAAUCUAUCAGUGUUUUUGGGAAAGCUCUUUGUUUGCGUAUUAUUUAAAUUGUAUGAUACACACAACACGAAAUAUAUAUUAAAGAUUCAGAUCUAUUAAAUAUGAUUAUUGGGUAUGAUUAUUUGAGACACACGCGAACAGCUCACCCAUGUGGACGACAUACAUGUGCAAUCACGUAGCGAAAUUAUUUAAUUUGUCCUCGUUGAUUCUUCACGAAACUUUGUACGCCACUAAUUUCUUUAUCGGCUUCGUGUUGUGUCGAUCGGCCAAAGUUUAUUAAAUAUAUAUUAAAUACGCGAUUAUGACUACGCAUAAUGUGUCGAUAAUGAUUCCUAUAUUAAAUAUGAAAUAAAGUAAAGUUGGAAAUAUAGUUUUGGAAUUUUAUCAUUGCUAAAAGAUGGAGAUCGCAGGCAAGGAUUUGGAUCUGAUAAUCGAAUCAUCAAAUCAUACGAAGCUCGAUAAAAAUUUAGACGAGUCUGCGAUUUUUAUAUUUAAAUGUAUCAAAGUUUUUGAAAUGAAAAACGGCGUUCCUCUGCUCGUGCCAAAACGUAGCUAAGAAAGAAAUUUUUUAACGAGCUGCUGGAAUUCAAAGGGCAUGAUAUAUUUUUGCAAAAACAUGGUUUCCGAAUUUUCGCGAAUUAUUGGGAGAGAUUCUGAUCGAUCCUUUCGCGCGUUAUAUAUUCUUGCAUUCGUGUUCCCUCUCAAAUUGUCACCUUUGAAUUCGAGCAGUCGAGGCGCACGCACACAAAUACAACACAAUACAUGUGUUUGACGCGAACAUGUAUACACGAUUGCGAAUAAGGGCCAGAUCGUUGCGAAUUCGCGAAGCUUAGUUAAAUUGAACUCUCAAGCAUAUAUAAAAUGCCAUAGGAAACUAUAUUGUAGAUUUAAUAUUUUUCCAAUAUCAAAAUAUUUGAAAUCUUGGAAAUAUUGGAGGAUCAUCUAUUUUCACAAAGUCUUCAAGUCAACGACGCUAAAUUUUCCAGUCCUUUCACUUAAUUUCUAUUCGACCAUUGAUAAAAGAUAAGCUUUUAUAAACUAAUCAAUUCUUUAAAUCUAAAAUGAAGGGCUGAGUAAUACGUGAGGUUUUACGAAAAUUUGAAAUGUAGUGUGUGAAUAUCAUGGCAAUGCAACUCUAUCAAUCAUGUAAAAAAAAAUUAAAUUAAUAAGUCGAGAGAGAUUACAGGAUGUCUUCAAACAUUACAGAAGACACGCGUUGAUUUUUUUAAAUUUAUAAACCAAUCCGUUUAUCACAAUUACUUUUGUCACUUGGAAUAAGUGUAAAUCAUAAAAUAUUUUACAAGCACCUUUUAUCUUGUCACGUGAUGUCCGACAGAGAAAAGGAAUCGGAUAGGUCGCACGUUAGGUAUAUGUAGCAUAGCGAUGAUUAAGUGUACAUGUUAAAGAGCGAAGCAAUUAUUUCCAUCUCUAUAGGCAAAUUAAUGUGCUACAUUCGAGUUGCAACUAUUAUCGCAUAAUAAAUAGUUACGUACGUCUCUCGAC